AAUAUUACGCGCUAAUUUCUAUUAUGCUAUUCCUUUAAUUAAUCAUAAAAGUAGAAUGCAACGGCUUAUAAGUUAGUAAUUUUAUUCACUGUUAAACGCAUAUUAGAAGAGUGAAUCGGAACGUUAUGUUUAUUUACGUUCUCAAGACAAUCACACGCAAAAAUCACAAUAGUCAUUACGCACAAAAGUUCAUUGAGCGAAAAUUUGUAGUGUGAUGUACGUACCGAAGCCUUAAAGAUGCGGUGGUAUCUGCCGGGAACUGAGAGCAUAAAGAAGAGGGCCUGUAGAUAUCUGCUGCAGCGGUAUUUGGGCAAUUACCUGGAAGAAAAAUUAACUCUUGAUCAGCUGAGUGUCGAUCUAUACAAUGGUACAGGAACCGUGUGCGACGUUAGCCUUGACUGCGAGGCAAUCAAUGAGCUGGGGGACUCACAAAAUUGGCCGCUUGAGAUUGUCGACGGGCAGAUGCAAAAGAUCACAGUGACAAUUCCAUGGUCAACUUUACUCACUGAUGACUCCAUUGUUGAGGUCAACGGCUUGUCACUCACAGUCCAACCUAAAGUGCCAACAGAGCCAGCAUCCACAAUGCUGGAGUCUAUGUGGUCCUCCAUGUCCUCAUCCAUGCAGCUGGCUGAAGAAUGUCUCCGCAAGGAGGCUGCUCCCACGGAAACCAACCCUGUUGAGGGAAUAGAGAUGUUUGCUCAUGCCAUAGAUUCAAUUUUGAGUCGAGUAAAAAUCCGUUUUGUCAACACGAAGAUAAGAUUAGAGCAUGUUCCCAAGAAUGGAAAUAGAGGAAUUGCCAUAGAAAUACACAUAGAUAAGGUUGACUACUACGACGAAGCAGGAAACGAGCCCACGCCAGAAGUCACUGACCCAGAAAAAACUAAAACCUACAUUGUAGCCACAUACUCAAACAAAAAGAUCAAAUUUGAAGGUGUCACUCUAUACACGGACGAGUUUCCGUCCAAACUACGAACAAUGGCCCGGAGCCUUGUUCUUGAAAAAUCAGUCUCAUCACAAGCAGAUAAGGCUGAAAAUAGCCAAGCAGAAGCUACAGACCCGAACCAAAGUAUGAUCUCAGAUGUUUUCUAUGAAACUAGAAGUGUCAUAUCAACUAUAGAAUCCGAUCCUAUCAAAGAACUUAUUGACGAAGUGACAACUCAUCCAGAACUGUCUAGGGAAGCAACACCAGAGGAGAGGGCUAACCAACCAGAACCCAUACUAUUCGCUAAAUUGACUGGCCAACAAGAAUUGUCUCUCAAAAUGAAGCAUUCAGAGGAAGUUGAAGGACCCAUGGUCGAACUCAAGAUGUUAUUAGGAUCAUUUAUUGUAUUUAUAUCUCCUAGGCAGUUGCAUACGUUGAUAGAACUAGUUAAUGCAUUGAAGCAACCAGAUUUAGAAGAUAGAAGCAAUGUACCACUUCGUCCAAGCGGCAGUAACCUGCAGUGCAAGCCGAUGCGGCCGGCUGACUUCCAGUUGAUAGAAGCUCAGCUGCUGGGUAACUUUGAGAAGGACAACGUGAAGCCUAGGACUGGCAUGUAUGGCUGGUCGGGGCCUAGCUUCGAAGAAAGUGAUCCAGAAGGUGACAACUUCCAUCCCAUGACGUCACCCGGCCAAAUGAAUGAAAGUUUCUCGUCUUCAGUUAGCUCGAUGAGCGCAAGUAUGACGUCCAGCGUAAACAUCCCUACGGUCCAGCCACGAAUUAAAAGGAAUAAAAAAGUGCCGCACAUUGAUGGCGACCCUACAGCCGAGGUGUCCCACAUAAGUUUUAGAGUUGCAUCGUUGUCCUGCGUACUUUUACAUAAGGAUAUACUAGUCCCCGCUCCACUGAGUUCCGACUGCAUAUCACCGGUCAGUGCGAGCAAAAUGCAAGAGAUAUCAAAAAGGUUCUUCGAGACUUUACAAGACAUCCCCGUUACUAAUAAGGCCAUUCAAGAUGCUGCCGGUAGAAACCAUUUAAGACUCAUGGCCUCAGAGAUGACGUUAGACGGAAGCGAAAAGGUCACGACGCGCGGCAGUCAGACUGUGUGCGAAGCGGCCAUACACCAACUACUGAUACAGGAGUGUCUGUACUACCAAUCAGAGAGUGGCACUACGGGGUCUGAGAGUUUUGACCUGCUGAGGUUUGAAGCUAAAGAUGACGAAGACGCCAAAGCGCCGCCGAGGCCCGACAUCAGGAUCAACCUCAAACAAACUUCCAAAUACACGCGGGUCGCUGGAGAGAAGAAGCUCGUCUAUCCCACCACUGAUGUUGUGGUAAAAUGUCUUCCAUGCUACAUUGACGUGGAACUGACGAUAAUAGAACGAAUGUCGGCCACGUUCUUCAACGGACCGUCCAGCACAGCCUCGCCACCGCCCAACAACGUGCAGAAUCAGUUCAACUGUACGCUGCACUGUCCGGACCUUAACGCUACAUUAAGGUUCCCAGUAGUGGACCUUCGGCCAGGCAUCAGCCGCGAGGUGCGCCGCGUGCGGCCCGACUUCCUCGUGUUCAACUUCCAGAGAGUGCACAUCUACUCGCAGCAGACUCCCAGCGGUCGCCCGCAGCCGACCACCGUCACCGUUAAAGCUACGAGUCUAGAUCUGUUCUAUCAUGAAAACGAAACAUCUUCAGGUACUCACAUAGCUAAAACUACUAUGGAUGAAGCAUUUGCUGGGGAUGUCCUAAAAGGCGAUAUCACAGCACCAUUGCCAAUGAUUACCCUAACUUUUAAGCCAAAUAAAACGCCCAAGGGCCCAUUUGACUCGCUCCACGAAGAGGCAGUGUUUGAGCCCGUCAACACCAACCCCAUGACCACUUCAAUGUACAUAAUGAACAACUUACACAGCUCCCAGCCUAGCCCCUUUAGUGCCAAGAAAACUGCACACCAGAGCUUCACGAAACACGAGGGCAGUCCACACGGUCAAGAUGAAGAAUUAAUAGUUCCUGGAAAUGAGGAGGAAAUGAAUGACUUCAGUAACAGUGCCAUUGAAUACUCUUCUAUCCACCUGGACUUCAAUCUGCCUAUACUUAGUCUGCAACUCGAAUCGAAACAGCUGUACGAAAUAAUUUACAACCGCAUCAACUCGGAUCUAUUGCUGUGGGAGCCUCAGAUAGUGGACCCGUUUGAGAUCAGUCCACUCAUGUACGGGUCCAUCUACCCAGCUUUCGGAAUGUGCAAAGGAUCUGGAUAUGAUUCUGAUUCCGGAAGCUCAUCUUCGGAAGAAGAAAACUUGUACUAUUCGACAUACGACAACAAACUAAAGAAGGGACUCGGCGUCAACAAGCCCAGUCUGCACGAAAAGAAGGAGACUCACAACUUUUGUCUCACAUUCAACGUCGGAAAAGGAUUGCUUACUAUUUACGCACCUGUGCGGGAUGCGAACAAACGUGUAGUCCCCGGUCAGAUGGGUGAAUUGGUACUCGAAGCUCACAAGCUGACCAUGUGCGAAGUGAGCGGCCUCAACGGACAGCCCAAGACUGCUCAGCUCUGCAUGCGCGCAGGGAAAGUUACACUUUAUCACGAAGCUCUUCUGACAAUCCCGUCCGAAAAGCCAGGCCUCAGGUUAUACGGCAAGACACUGCCUCCACAUUUGAAGAGCACCAUCUAUCCGUCCGGCAAGGGAGUGGUCAUCAAGGAGCGACAUCAGAAUAAGGACAUGUUCUCUAUGGCUCUGAAGGUGGAACCUGAUUCUGAAACACCUGGAUUAAAGACGAUCUGUAUAGCCCUGGGCUUAGAGCAAGCGACAUUGCGACACCGCGGCGACAAAGGCAUCGCGUGGCUGUCCCAACUGAUGGACGUGCUCGACGUGCUGGACUACCCCGUGCCCGGCUACACGCCCGCCACGGUGCUGUCCGAACUGCACGUGCACAUAUCCGACUGCGCCGUGGACUACAGACCACUGUACCUACCAAUCCGCACCGUCGUGACCCUCGGCAACUUCAGCGUCUCCAGCAACAUAAUCCCCGAAACGAACACAUCUAGUCUACGCUUCCUCGCUCAAGAAUGCACCUUGUUCCUGUCUCACGUGAACGUUAAACCUAAUACUCAUAUACCGCAAGAUGACGACAAGCUGCCCGAUGUGCAUAAGGACUACGUUUGCGUGGUGGAUGUUGGGCUGUUUGAGCUGUCGUUGAGGAUGGAGGAUAAAGUCAACAGCUCCAAAGAACAACCUCAAGUGGACCUGAGCGCGUCGAACAACAUGGUGACCCUGUACACGUGCUGGGACUCGGCGUCGGCGCUGUGCCGGCUGCUGACGUACGCGGCGGCCGACGGCGACGCGCAGCCGCCCAUGGACCGCUGCUCGCGCCACGCCAGCAUAUGCUCCGACCAGCCCGAGCCGCUAGUCGGACUAGAAGACAGACCAGUAGAAGAAAUACGUGAACUGUCGCCCAGCGAAAUACAGCAGGUCAAUGACAUGAUGGCAGAAGCGAUGAAAGAAAGUCCCAACGAUACGCUCGAUGACGACGACCUCCACAGUUCAACAGAAAAAGAAGGUGUCGAGAUAUUCUUCUUCCCCGACGAGUCCAACUCGAAACGGCCCCUGGACCUUCUAGAAGAAUGCGAGCCCAAGUCUCUGGACUCCGAGGACUUCCGUCCAGUGGAUGAAGCGCUCGAAGCUAAACCCACUAUGGUGCAGGUUGCUAAAGACCUGGGCGACCCGACAUCCACGCCUAAGACUACGCCGAAGAAACCUAAACGGAAAAAGGUCAAAUCCGGCGGCGACGGCAGCAACACCGACGACGAAUACUGCAUCAUCGAAUCUCAGCCCUACUGCGAGGACAACGACCUCGACGAGCCGGUCGUCAACUGGAUCGGGCCCGGGCCCGUCUACAUGUUCGAGAACCACUUCACUGUACCCGCGGCCCGUAGCGACGUGCUCAAGGCACCAAAGAGCUUCCCUCUACCAGUUUUGAGAUAUACGCUAUGCGAGAUGAGUGUGACGUGGAACAUGUUCGGAGGGAGCGACUUCAAAACUACCGGCGACCCGCCGCCCUCUAAGAAGACGGUCACCAUUGACGACACCAAGCAGGGCUCACCAACGCCUUCCAAACGCACUAAGGACUACGAACCGUACGAGGCCGGGCGUGCAAUCACGGCCGCUUAUCGCCAAGGAGUCAGCUGGUCGUCCGGCUCGGAGCGGGUCUUGCCGCGCAUGAACCCGCACCCCAAGCGGCAAGAACUCAAGUCGAGGGGCGGAAGACAUAGGGAUCAUCACACUUGUGUCAAACUGUGUCUUACUAAGGUAAAAUUCCAACACGAAACAUACCCCAGCAGCGGCACCCACGCGUCCCGGCAGACGCUCGCCGUGAGCAAGAUCGAGGUGCUCGACCGACUGGUGUGCAGCGACAUCAACAAGCUGCUCAGCCAGUACAAGCUCAAGGACGAGCCGGAGCGAAGCAAUGCGCAUAUGUUGGUGAUAAAGGCCGUGCACAUGAGACCUGACCCAGCGCUCUCCGCGCACGAGUGCUGCCUUAAAGUAUCACUACUGCCGCUACGAUUCAACCUGGACCAGGAUACGCUGGCGUUCCUCGUCGGAUUCUUCUCCAAGCUUGGCACGGACGAAAACAAUGAUGACGACACAAAGAGCGUAAGCGGGCUGUCAACAGAUUCAAGUAGCUCACGCCAGACCACACCAACACAUCGGCCUCCAGUCAUGAGCAUAGCCAGCCACUUGAAGGACCCGCCGCCAACACCGACUUCGCUGGGAGACGCGGAUGCUUUAAGCCUCAACGAAACUGUGAUCCGAGACGACGAGCCUCUCAUGGAGCCCUACGAAGCCGAGCGCCUGGUGUCCGAGAACCUCAUACAACUGGAGGAAGACUUCAACCGUCUGGGCAUUAGUCAGGAGAAGCCCACCACUAAAGUGGCGGUCGACCUGGAACCCGUUGAUGACUCGCCGAUUUACUUCAGGAGAGUAGUGUUUUCACCCGAGGUCCCGAUCCGGUUAGACUACGUCGGCAAGCGCGUGGACCUGUCCGCGGGACCUGUGGCCGGGCUGCUCAUGGGUCUGGGGCAACUCAACUGUUCGGAGCUCACACUCAAGAGGCUCGACUACAAACUUGGGCUACUUGGCCUAGAGAAGCUGGUACAAUGGGCCUUGCACGAAUGGUUGUCGGACAUCAAGCGGCACCAGCUGCCCGGCCUGCUCGGCGGCAUUGGGCCCAUGCACUCGCUGCUGCAGUUGAUAACGGGCAUUCGCGACCUGGUGUGGCUGCCGGUGGAGCAGUGGCGGCGGGACGGGCGCCUGGUGCACGGGCUGCGGCGCGGCGCCGCCUCCUUCACCGCGCGCACCGCCGUCGCCGCGCUCGACAUCACCACGCGCCUGCUGCAGCUCAUACAGGCGACGGCGGAAACGGCGUUCGACAUGCUAACGCCCGCGCCGACAUUACAACUGGCGCCGGCGUACGAGCGGCGCGAGCGGCGCCGCCGCCGCCGCCGCGACCCCGCGCGCAUGCCGCAGGACAUCCGCCAGGGCGUGGCCACCGCCUACCACACCGUCAAGGAGGGUUUCGCGGAAACGGCAGCAACGAUGGCCCUAGCCGCGCGCUGCGAGAGCGGAGUGGGCGUGCUGCGGCACCUGCCGGGCGCCGCCGUGGCGCCGCUGGCGCUGGCGGCAGGCGGCGCGGCCGACGUGCUGGGCGGCGUGCGCGCCUCGCUGGCGCCGCACGCGCGCAAGGACAGCGCCGACAAGUGGCGCGCGCACUGACCCGGACAAGUAUGUCGCACACGAUGAGUAGCUUCAAUGAAGAAAAAAUUCAACUAAACUUUACACUGGUAAACAAUAAUAUAGUGCAGAAACGUGUUAAGAAUUGCUCAUUUUGUUUUACGAUCAACAGAAUAUCACAUCCAUUUGUGUUCAAAAUUCUAAACGUUCCUACCAUUCGCCCCUUUCAUAAUGUUAUAUGUAACGUUUCGAGCACUCUUAAAAGGGUGGAUAAAUUAAUUUUAAAUAUUACAUGGUAAUUAUUGUAAAAAAAAUCGCCAAAAACAAAGUUUUGAUACAAUGUAUUUUUUUAGAUCACAAAGAUCAACGGAAAUACAAUUAUUACAACGUAAUAGCACAUCAGGUUUACCCUGGACGUACUUAUUAAGCGAGAACAUAAAAGAUGUGUAGUGGUCUGACAUCGCCUAGCUGGUUGGUGUAGAAUACAACCAUACAUUGUACUAUUAUCGUUCUCAUAAGAUAUCAAAUAUUAUUCGGAAUAUUAUUUUCUAUUCUGGUAUUCCAUCUGUCCAAUAUUUGAUCAUAUGUGCAUUGCGUCUCACUCUCGCAUUAAGCAAAAUGUGAGACGCAAAUACAAAUUUGAUCAAAAAUUGGACAGAUAGAAUACCUCCCUUAGGCUGCGGUUUCACUGAGACGAAGAAUUGCAAAAUACAAGUGGACUCGAAAGAAUCAACCCUCGUUUUCAUCUCCGCUCCGUAACAGUAAAUCCACAGCCUAAAGUCUAGCAGCUUAUUAACAAUUGUAUUUGUGGAACAACCAUUUGCGCAUCUAAAAUCGGCGUAAUCAUGCAAGAAUUUCAAUAAUUCAUAGUAUACAUCGAUAGGGAUUUCGCUAAUACAUUAGUUUUCAAAUUUUUAGAUUUAAACUUUUUCAAAUAUAUGGUGCUUCAUUUUAGUAGCAUUUAGAGCAUUUAGUUGCUUUUAUGUUUAAAUUUUUAUUUUUAUUUGUUGAUGUAAAUAUUUUUCAAAUUGUUGGAACAGCAGUUCAGCCGUCGUAAAGAAAAUUAUGUGACAUGAAUAGGAACUAUAAUUUUCUUAAUGACGACAGGGUUUGGUGCCAUGACAUGAUAUUGUUGUAAAUACAAGCGCGUAGGAAUAAUAAUCAUGAAUUGCACUUCAGUAUUACUCCUUAGGUCAAAAACUUUUGACAUUGGUCCGAAUCCAGUAGUUAGGAAAAAAUUAAAGUGAAAACAAGUUAAACUUGGGGUUUUUCCUGCUACCGUUUUUUGUUUACUAUCUGUCAGUUUUUAUAAACUCAAUUAAAUGGCAAUCUGACUAAUUGUUUUCACUGCUAUUUUUACCUAAGUCCUUUCUAUCGGAUCGGACCGCAUUUGAAGCUUAUAACUACGUUUAUAUACAUUCAAAUUUAUACAUCAGCAAUUUUAGUCGUUUAUUGGCCCGAAACAACGUUCAAAAUUAACCAAGGAGUAAGAUGUCAAGAUUCUAUUGCAAGCUCAUUAUUGCAGUAGUAGUUUAACGCGCUUGCAUUUAUCAAAAACCAUUAGAAAUAAUAUAUUAUUGUAUCUUUAGAAAUGUGAUAUAAAACGUCUAAUAUUAUCAAAAAUUGCAAUUGACUCAAUCAAAUGCGACUGGCUUAAUGUUAGGAGUAAACACAAUUGAAAUAUUCUAUAUAUUUUACAACAUUAGGUAUGUAUUAUACGCCUUAAAUAACUUUUAGUUUGUGUUGUAACAUCCCUUUAAACGGUAUCUAUUUAAAUGUAUAUUUGACUCGCACAUUUUAUUCUUUGCACUUCAAAAAUGUAAAAAGUCGGUCUUUGCUGCCGCGCAGCCAGGUAAAAAGUAGUUAAUCGGGAUGGUAUGAUGCGAACUGACAUUUCAAUUUUUAUCAAACUGUGACAAAUAGUAGUUUGUGGAGCUACUAGUAACUUUCAAUAAUUGUCACAACUUAGUAAUUUUACUUUAAUUAUCUAAAGUAGACUGGGCAGUCUGCUGUGUUAGGGCUAACACAGGAAGAAGUAAAGAUAUAUUCAUGCACUGAAUGUAUUGGCUAUGUGCGUGUUCAGCAUCAGCGCACAUCGUGGCAUAAAUUGAACUUUCCAAUCGGUUGCCAUAAAGGGGCACAUAGCCAAUAUAAUAAAACUUGUGUUUGCUCGGAGCCUCGGAAUCAGCAAAUGUGAAACCAUACUAUAAUCCAGUAACUUUAUCGCCUUUUGUAACGGGGUUCGUUUGCGUCAAAUCCGGAAGUUCUGUGUUUUUUUUUUUGCAGACUUGUUAAUCAGGGUUUUAAUGCCCUUUAGGGUUAUAAUCGCCCAAAUCUAAAAAAAAACGAAACUAUCGGGGUUUUCGAUUUUUGCCACAAUUGCGUUCGGCACUUGAGAUCAAAUAAUCAAAAAAUCAGAACUACCGGAUUUGACGCAAACGCUAAUAAAGUUACUGUAUUACGAGUGGAGUGGCACAACGAAAAAAAAUCGUCAGUAGCAGAAGUAGCCAAGCGGGCCAUAGGUUUAAUACAAAACAAUAACCUAAACACUACUUGAUCAUUAAAAGAAUCCGCAUAGCUAUUCUGGAGCGUAUAUGUAAUGGUUUUAUCACUAGCAUUUCACCAUCAUUAAAUGUGUACCUCUUGCGGUGAUCUGCUUGACAUGUAGAUUUCAUAAUGGACCGAUAUAUUUCAUUAGUUCUUCUGAUGACAUUUCUGAACGUGUGUCCUCUAGCAGUAAACUAAGAUUAUUUUAAUCCAAUAGAAAUAUUUUAUUUUGUUUUUAUACCUUGAACAGAUUGAAAGUUUUAUGUUAGAUUAUUCAUCAAAAGUCAGUCUUUAUAGAAAAUAAAUAAAAUUUACACUAUA